AUGGCGGUGCGACCGGCGCUCUUUGCGCAGGCACGGCUAGCAUGCUGUCUCGACGCCCCAUCAACCUCGACACUCGCAGCAAAGGUCAGGCUCGCUUCGAGCAAUAUCCUCGCUCCAAGGCAUGCGUGGCCUGGCCGCUUCCGGACGUAUGCCACCACGCCGUCGGGAGUCAAGACUACGUACCCGAGCUCAGCGCCACCCGCCGACGAGAACAGCAACCACCACUCGGCCUCCAAGCUCGGCACGGAGCGCGACCAGGGCUACCUCGCCUUUACCAAGUCGAGCCUCUUCAAGCUCACGCUGCCGCUCAAACCACCCAGCUCCGACCCGCUCUCGCCCUCCUCCAAACGCUCCUCUGCCAAAGCACGCGCGCAACGGCAAGACGACCAAGACGACUCGCCGGACUCAGCCGAGCGCGAGAGCGUUUCGAACCAGUCGUGGGAAGAGGCGGCCGAGACUCCCGGUCCACCCGUGUCGCAGGUCAAUCAUCGCGCACACACCAACCUCCACGGCCCUGAAAACGGCGAGCCCUCCGAUGUCGAGGCGGACGAAUACGAUGCAGAUGCACCCGCUCAUAGCGUCGUCUUCCUGCUUCACAGUGCGCAGCCGCUCAGCUACAUCGCCAACCUCAUCCGAGCCGAAGGACCGAGUCCGGAGCCUAGUCGGUUCCAGCUCGAGCAGCAGCGGCAGCAUCCAACCGCGGAGAACGGACAAAACGCCGCCACCAGCAACAAGGACAAGGUGAGCAUCCCCACGGGGCCGCCUUCGUCGCCCGAGCGCAAGGACAAGCGUCUGAAGCUGUCGAAAGAACAGCUCGAGAUGCGCGAGAUGCUGCUGCGCCAGGGAUUCCUCGAUCCGCUCGGCGAUCCGCCCAUCUCGUUCCACACGCGUGCGGCCGACGGCAAGCGCUGGUCUCCCGCCACGGGCAUUGGCGACUUUUUGCGCGAUGCGGCGCGCAUCGGCUCUUUUGUGAUCCGCAUCGACGAGCGCAACGUCUUUGUGACGGUGCCGUCGUUCGAGGACCGCACGCGCUUCCUGCGCGCCAGCCUGUACGCCAAGACGGGGCAGAUCGAGCAGCUGGCCAAGCUCAAGGCCGAGUGCGACCGCAUCGCGCACUCGGGCACCAAGCGGCUCUCGUUUGCCGGCGUCGGCAUCCUCGGCGCGUGGUGGGGCUCGGUGGCAUUCCUCACCUUCUUCACCGAGCUCGGCUGGGACGUCAUGGAGCCCGUCACCUACCUCACGGGUCUCGGCACCAUCCUCGGCGGCUAUAUCUGGUUCCUCAUCCACAAUCGCGAGGUGUCGUACCGCGCGGUGCUCAACGAGACCACCUCGCGUCGCCAGCAGAAGCUCUACAUCGAAAAGGGCUUCAACGUGGAGCGCUACCAGGAGCUCAUCGAGGACGUCAAGGACCUGCGCAGGACCAUCAAAAAGGUCGCCGAGGACUAUGAUCUUGAGUGGGACCAGGGCGAGACCAAGGCGGGCAAGCAGAACAAGCACGCACUCAAGAUCAUCCGUCGCCACGAGGCUGCCACCUUCCGUGCGUCCAAAUCGGAUCCAAAGCAGGACGAGCAGGACGGCGAUAAGGACGAUGCCGAUGGGGGAGAGCGUGCUGGCUCGAGCUCGCACGAGGCCGAAGACAAGGAUGGCGACGGUCAGCCGGACCAUGUGCAGGCGGGCAACUCCAAGCUCAGGCCCAAGAAGAAAAAGAUGAGCGACGAGUCGUCCGCCCGCCGGUUUUCCACCUGGGCGGCAGCGUCGUCGUCGCGCACCUCGGCCUCGGUGAGGCACUACAGCACCCAGUCUGGCGCACCAAGACCAGGUGGUACCUCGAAGGCGGACGCGCGCGCCGUUGCAACACCGACAAGCACUGGCGCCAAGGCUUCGCUCGGCAGCGCGACUGAUGCGGCUGCAAAACCGUUCAGCCUUGCGCCGUACCUUGCGCUGAGCCGGAUCGACAAGCCGAUCGGCACGUGGCUGCUGUACUGGCCGUGUGCAUGGUCGAUUGUGCUAGCCUCGCACACGCUCGGACUUGCCUUGUCCACACCGCUAUUCUACACGCUGCUGUUUGGCGUGGGUGCGGUGGUGAUGCGCGGCGCCGGAUGUACAAUCAACGACAUGUGGGACGUCAAGAUGGAUCGGCAGGUGGAGCGCACCAAGACGCGCCCGCUCGCGGCGGGCGAGAUUACGCAGUUUGAGGCGCUCUGCUUUCUCGGCGUCCAGCUGAGUGCCGGACUGGCGGUGCUGGUGAAUCUGAAUGCGUACAGCAUCGUGCUCGGCGCGAGCUCGUUGGGGGUGGUGGUGCUGUAUCCGCUCAUGAAGCGCGUUACCUACUGGCCGCAGCUUGUGCUUGGAUUUGCGUUCAACUGGGGCGCAAUGUUGGGCUGGGCUGCCGUAGCAGGGGCUGUGGAUUGGACCGUGGUGGUUCCGCUGUAUGUGGGGUCGAUCUGUUGGACGCUGGUGUACGAUACGAUCUAUGCGCAUCAGGAUAAGAACGACGACGUGCAUGCCGGCGUCAAGUCGACAGCGCUGCUGUUUGGCGAGCAUACCAAACCGGUGCUGUCGGCGUUUUCGGCGGGAAUGAUUGGGUUGUUUGGAUACAGCGCCUCGAAAGCCAUUCCGCCAGCAGUGGGGUUGAGUGCAGCACAGGUGCUUGAACCCGCACGCGCCGCGUCCGUCGGCGACCUGGUUCUGCCUUCGUCCACACUGCAGACGCUCUCAUCCUCGCCAGUGCUGGAGGCGCUUGCACACCACCAUCCGUUUUUUAGUAUCGCGCUGGCCGGUGCCGCGGGCCAUCUGGCUUGGCAAAUCGCAAGCGUACGACUCGACGAUCGUCCCGACUGCUGGCGCAAGUUCUGCGCCAACACCACCCUCGGCUGGAUCAUCGUCGCGGGCCUCGUAGCUGACUAUGCCGCCUGGCUCUACCUCGACGCCCGCCACCGCGACGGGGAUACUCACACCGCAGCGAAACCAACGCAAUAG